UUUUUCACUAAACUGUCAGCUGUUUCUCUAAGCUAGUGUAUAAAAAUGGAAAGCCUCUGACAAACUUUUUGCAGCAAAGAGGACAGUAAAGACUCUGAAGAUGCACAGUAUCUUUGCUAGUAGUGCUCUAGCAGCCUUGCUGCUGGCUGUAGCCUUGGCAGAUCAUCACCAUCAUCACCACAAUCAUGGAGAUGAGAUGAACUGCCACAAGCUCUCCUCUCCUAAUGCCGACUUUGCCUUUGCCCUUUACAAAAGUCUGAAUGCCAAGGAUGGUGCUGGAAAGAACAUCUUCUACUCACCACUCGGCAUCGCCACUGCUCUGUCUAUGCUGUCUGUAGGGGCACGCGAAGACACCCAUAGCCAGCUGUUCUCCAGCUUGGGCUACAGCAGCUUAAACCAGGCACAGGUCAAUGACGCCUAUGAGCAUCUAUUCCAUAUGCUUGGUCACAGCCAGGAGAACCAGCAGCUGGAUGUUGGCAAUUCAGUUUUGGUGCGCACUGGUUUUAAUCCCCUGGAGGCAUAUAUGAAUGAUAUUAAGAAGUAUUACUCUGGUGAGACCUUCAAUGUCGACUUUGCCAAACCAGAUGAGGCUGCAGCUAAAAUCAACACACACAUUGCAAGUAAAACUCAAGAUAAGAUUAAGGAUCUAGUGAAAAACUUGGACCCUGAGAUGGCUAUGGUACUGAUCAACUAUGUCUACUUCAGAGGACAGUGGGAAAAACCCUUCGAUGGAAACUUGACAAAGAAGGGAGAAUUUCAAGUGGAUGAGAGCACCACAGUCCAGGUGGACAUGAUGAAGAAGACGGGACGCUUUGACUACUAUCAGGACCAUGCUAACCACACCACUGUCAUCUUCCUGCCAUACAAAGGCAACACCUCCAUGAUGAUCGUCCUGCCUGACGAAGGCAAGAUGAAGGAGGUGGAGAGCGUCGUCAACAAGGACUACAUCAGACACUGGCACGACUCACUCUUCAAGCAUAACGUGAAUCUCUUAAUGCCGAAAUUCUCUGUCUCUGCUGAUGCCUCUCUGGAUGAAACUCUCAAAGAAAUGGGAAUAACAGCUGCUUUUGGCGAGAAGGCAGAUUUUUCUGGCAUGUCUGAGGAGAUUAAGCUCAAAGUCUCAAAGGUGAACCACAAGGCCGUGCUGAGCGUGGACGAAACAGGGACAGAGGCAGCAAGCGCCACCACCAUUGAAAUAAUGCCCAUGAGUAUGCCAGAAAAUGUGGAACUGAACAGACCCUUCAUGGUCUUCAUCAUGGAGCACUCAACGAGAAGCAUUCUGUUCAUGGGCAAGAUCAACAACCCCACAGCCGUGUAAAGACUGCAGGAGUCCCAUUCAUCUGUUGUAUUUUUUGGCUGUAGUAGGUUUUAGUAGUUCAAGGACAUUUAUUUCAAUAUCUGAUAGUGUUAUCGAGGUGUGACCAUGACAAGAGCAUUGAAUACAUGAUGAAUGAGAGCAGCUGGAUGAAAAAGACAACACAACUGUUUUCAAGGGACACAAAGGUCUAUUAAUCUGCCUGUGGGUAUGACACUUUUUUUCCAUUUAUCACCUGGCUAGGUUUGUCUGUAUACAUCACCGUAGAUUAUAACCUAACUUGAGGUGAUAGAUGUAAUGACCAUAACAUCAAUUGUCAUUGUGCUAUUGUUCUUUCAAUACAAUUCAUGAUGAAGUGAAAUAAAGAAUUGUCAUGAAAAGGUG